CAACCUUGCUAGCUGAAAGUUCCACCGUUGAUGUUUACAACAUCGGAGUGGACAUGUUUAUGCGACACAGGAGGCGUUGGACAGACUGAGAGUAAAAGGACACCUAGACAAUGCUUUAAACUCCUGACUGUUACUGCCUUGUCUACAGGUGAGGUGUGGGAGGUCGACUUAGAUGGGUCAAGCACUGUGGAGGUUACCUCCUCGACAACAGCUGGAGCUUCAGGAAGAACUAGUAGACCACCUGUCUGACCAAGGAGGAGGCGGGAAACAAGAACCAGGGAAAGAUGGAGGUUCCCAGAGAAGAGCUCCGCAGCAUUGCUAUGGUCCUGACAUCUACCAUCUACUAAGAACACGUAGGGGAGGUAAAGAGCAGCAUGGCUUCAUAGAUUUGGAUAUGUUGCCACCUGAAUUGGGUAUUACCAUACUGUCAUACCUGAAUGCUACGGAUCUGUGCCUGGCUGGCUGUGUGUGGCAGGACUUGGGAAAUGAUGAAUAUCUCUGGCAGGGGCUGUGCAAGUCCACAUGGGGGCACUGCUCCAUUUACAACAGAAAACUACCUGCCGGUUUCUCCUACAGAAGACUGUACCUGCAGCUAGAUGAAGGCAGCUUGACAUUCAAUGCUAACCCACAAGAGGGUAUAAGCUAUUUCAUGUCUAAAGGUAUUCUAGCAGAUCAUCCGACAGAGCUGGCUAAGUUCAUUUUCUACACCAGACGGCUCAACUGGAAGAUGCUGAGGAUUUACCUCGACGAGAGGCGGGAUGUCUUGGAUGAGUUGGUGACCCUUCAUAACUUCAGUAACCAGUUCCUCCCUAAUGCUCUACGGGAUUUUUUCAGACACAUCCACGCACCUGAGGAGAGAGGAGAGUAUCUGGAAACCCUCAUUACCAAGUUCAGUCACAGGUUUUGUACCUGUAAUCCUGGGCUGGUCCAUGACCUUGGCCUUAGUCCUGUUUGCCGUUCUGUCGUUGCAGAUGCUGUGUACGUGCUGUGUUACAGUCUGAUCCUGCUGUCCAUCGACCUCACCAGCCCACAUGUAAAAAACAAAAUGUCAAAGAGGGAGUUUAUCAGGAACACUCGCCGAGCAGCUCACAAUGUUUCGGACGACUUCGUAGGUCAUCUCUACGAUAACAUAUACCUUGUUGGUCACGUGGCUGCAUAGCUCUAUGUUAGAGUUUCCACAUCGCACUGAAUGGUGGAGGUUGGGUUCCUGUUUGGGAAGUAGAGAACUUUUCAUUUAACAAUCUAUGACAAGUCUGAGAAGAAAGACAUAAAAUGAUCCACUUUAUCUUAAGACGGACUGUCUUACCAGACAUUAAUAACCUCACCACACUGUUAGUUCAAGGUGAAGUAAAAUAUUUAAUUUAAAAGAAGAACUACAAAGAUGGAGGUUUUGAAGUGAGUGAGUUCUGAUACUGCACUGAAGAAGAGGAAGAAAACUGCCCUCCGUCACAAAUACCAGGACAGUUCUGCAGAUUUCCUGUUGACUAUGGGCAAUCUCCAACUCAUCGUCCGGAUCUCUGGAUGAGGCCUCCGGCUCAUCGUCCGGAUCCCUGGAUGAGGCCUCCGGCUCAUCGUCCGGAUCUCUGGAUGAGGCCUCCGGCUCAUCGUCCGGAUCACUGGAUGAGGCCUCCGGCUCAUCGUCCGGAUCUCUGGAUGCGGCUCAUCGUCCGGAUCUCUGGAUGAGGCCUCCGGCUCAUCCAACUCAUCCAGAUCAUUGUCCGGAUCUCCAGCUAAUCGUCCGGAUGAGAACUCCGGGUGAGGUGUCUGGAUCAUCGUCAGGAUGAAGCCCACACAUAUCUGAACAAAUCUAUAAGUUUGGUCUUUUUCCUGAGAUUGAAUUGAAGCACAGCGUAUUGGGUCUCAUGCAAGAAUCCGCUGAGAUUUUCUGAAACCCCUCCUCUUAAACUAUCUGAAACUCUGAUUUAGACUAAAACUGCAGAUCAUUUUUGGAAGGUUUAAUGAUUGUUAGAAACCCUUAACCUGUAACUGUUGCCUGUUUCAGUUUGAAGGCAGGGUUGAUUAAGAAGGUGCACGUUGUCUGUGAGGUGGGAGGAAGUAGCUAUCUGACCUUUUAAAGGGGCUGAGUUGUAGAAAACUCUGAUCAUUCUGACUGCCGUCUACUGCAGGUAAGGAUUUCACACAGCCUCGCCUGAAGGAAAAUCUCUUUACGUCCUGCUGCUGUUAGAAAGCAACCUGCAGUAGGAGAAUAAAGCCAGCAGUGUCAGAUGAUGAUACAGGACGGCGACUUGCAUCACAGUCCCUCAGUUUUAAUCCCUGAUUGGUUGGAAGAUGUCCUUCAGGAAGUAAAACCAGUUAUUUAUUGGUAGAAAAGUCACUUUGAUACUAUCUGUACACUACAAGGCUGAUUAAACCAGACCUAGUCCACAUCUGGACCUGGUCCAGAUCCAAUGUGACCAAUUCAAACCUGGUCUAGAGCCACACUGACCAAUCGAGACCUAUGCUGACUGGUCCAGCCGCAGUCCAUACCCAGUCAACAUCUGGUCUGACUAGUCCAGAUCCGGUCCAUACCCAGUAUAGGUCUGGUCUGAUAGGUCUAGAUCCAGUCCAUACCCAGUCCAGAUCUGGUCUGACAGGUCCAGAUCCUGUCCAGACCACCUGUGAAAACAAUAGAAACUCUCAGUAGUGUUCUUUACAAACCAAAUUCUGUUUUGAAAUAAAUCAUCAGAAGUCCAAGUCUAAAUGAAUCAGGAUUAUUUCAUGGUGUCGCUGGUUUGAUGCCGAGUGAAGAGCAUGUUUAGUGUUUUCAACUGGCUGACUGAUUUCAUCAUUAGCAAGAAAAUGGUUUAAUGAUUGAGAAAUAUAAUGUGUUCUUUGCUAGGAGAGAAAAACCUGUGUUUUAUUACUAAGACCAUAUUUUUACACUGUUUAAUGUAUUUACCUGUUAAAGUUUAGUCAUAAUUCUUAUGGUAAUCAGCUUCCUGUUCAUCCUUUUGCUAUUUCUGCCAUGACUUUAGAGUAUUAUCCAUCAUUUUAAAUUAAACCCGUUUUAGUAGCCAACACUAUGACCACUUCAGCUGUCAUGAAGUCCAGAAAUUAAUAAGAAAAGAUGAGUCACAAAAAUAUAUCUGGUACCAUAACAAGCUGUUUGCUUACAUAUAAAAUACAUAAAAUGCUGGAUAACACUUGUCAUUUCUUUAGUUUUAUUUUAAUUAAAAUAUUUUAAUUCUUGAAGUAUAUUGGCCUACAUCUGAAGGAAACAAUAGAUGAAGCUUCUGAAGACAUAAUGCAUAUAACACAGGUUCCACUGCUACAAGACAAUAAAUGGAAAUGAAUCUACACAUUAAAUAAAUCUGGAAAUAGUGGUUAUUGUGGAUGUUCACAUCCAUGAAAUAUUUCCAACGGUUCCUUUUUUUAAAGUAAGCCGGUCUAACCCAGUGGAAGUCACCCUGUGGUUGUAGUUCUUGCCAGCAGCCAUAUGUAGCCACAUCCACACAGGAUGAGAACGUCCAACAUUUUUCCAUCUGAAGCUCUUUGUUUUAAUGAAGCGGUGAAACAGAUGAUGUCUGCAAAGGAUGUGGUGAUUAAUCAAUUAAAAUCCUGGAGAAAAACA